AGCCGGCCAAUGGGGCUGCGCUGAGCGGAGGCAGCUGCUGGAGCAGGAAGGAAAAGUGGAGCACGCGGGGGAGGGAGACGCUUCUUCUUUAACCCGCCUGCGCCAGGUAAUACACGUGUCUUUCCGUUUGACCUCUACCUUCUUGAGGAUGCAGUUUUAGUCGCAGUUGCUAUGGAGAAGAUCAAGGAGCAGUUUUCCAGUCUUCAAAUAGCAAAACGGUGUGCGCUGGCUAAAGACCCCACUUAUCUGUUGGACUUGGACAUUUCAAGAGGCGGAGGGAGCCAGUUGGUGGCCGUUUCAUGUUCCGAUAAAUCAAUCAGGGUUUACAACAGAGAGACGCUCACUUUGCUGCGGGAAUAUAGCAGCCGUCCCGGGCUGCUCAGCGGCGUCCGAUUCGCACACGCGUGUGAAAGUGUGUUGUUCUCCGCUUGCAGCGACGGAACAGUGAAAUGCUGGGAUACGCGCUUGGCGACCGCAGGGCCAAUGCAGUUGUUCCGUGGCUCCCUUUCAAAUGUCUUCAUUAGCUUUGACGUAAGCUGCAACGACCUCAUCGUCUGCGCUGGAACGGAAAAAGUGGGGGACGAUGUGUUCAUGGCCUUCUGGGAUGCUCGCAGCUGUGCGAGUAGUGUAGCUUCCAGCAAAGAGCCUCUGGGCUUCUACUCGGAGACCCACAACGACGACAUCACCAAAAUUCGUUUUCACCCCAUCAAACAGAACCUGGUAGUUUCUGGGUCAACCGACGGGCUGGUGAACGUGUUUGACAUCAACAAGGACAGCGAAGAAGAUGCGCUGGUUGCUACCUGCAACUCCGACUCGUCGGUCAGUUCCGUCGGGUGGUCCGGGAAAGAUUACCAGCAGGUCUAUUGCACGACGCACGACGAAGGGUUUUGUCGGUGGGAUCUCGCCCAGCUGGAGACCGAGGAGCCAGUCACAUUGCUGCAUGUUCCAGACGCCCGAGAAGAAGGAAGUGGACAAAGCACCAAGGUGGACUACUUAAUCGGUGGCUUGUACCAUGAAACGAUGGACAAGUUGGUUGUUGUUGGGGGGACAUCAACAGGAAACAUCUGCCUCCUAGACUGUGGGGUUGGUGGCCUGAGUUCUGUAGGAGUCCUUCAGGGGGGUCAUUCUGCUCCCGUCCGCUCAUUCUGCUGGAACGUGGCGGAUGAUUCUUUGCUGACCGGUGGAGAGGAUGCGCAGUUGUUGCUAUGGAAACCUGGAGCCGUGGGGAAAGCCUUUGGGAAGAAGACUUCUAUGAAGACUGCUUCCUCUGUUCAUCAGCGGCUGAGAGUUCACCAGCACGCUUUCAAGAGCAAGAAAAAACGGACGUCUUUGUAAAGAGGGGGCAGCGAUGGGGAGUGAGGGGGCCUCUACCUGAAAGUGAUUCCAGAAGGGUACCUGCCUUAGCCCGUUUCAGGGGGAAAACAAGUCCUGCAGCACCUUGAAGACUUAAUUUAUUAUGGCAUAAUGUUUCGUGGACUAAGGUCUCCUUCAUCACGCACGGAAGCUUAUGCCAUAAUAAAUUAGUUGGGUCUUUAGGGUGCUGCAGUUUUCCACUUGUAGAGAGUUGACCUUUUGAAAAGUUGCAACACUUUUUGGGGGGGAGUGAGUUCCUUGCAGGUAUUUGAUGUGUACAGCUCGACAGCCGUGGCCUUGUUUACUCGGAAAAUAUCCUCUCCGUGUCAGUGGGGACCCCAACUUCCAGCAAAGUUGGCACUGGAUUGGUGCCUCGAUAGGAGAAGCCUGCCAAGCAAAUUAAAAGAUAUCGUUCUUUUGUCUGAAGCUGCUUAUGACAGGCUUGUUCAAACAUUUCUCUCUAGAUCCCAACAGCCCAAAUUAUAUUUUGCUAUAGAUGGAAUUUUCUUAAAAUGAUGCCUGAAGUCACGGGGAGGGGAGGAAGAGGGAGUUAAGCCUACUAAAAGAGGCAUAAGGGACAAACUGAGAAUGGCAAGAUUAGAAAGUUCCCUUCCGCACCCCCUCAGUUCUGUGAAACUUGAUAUUUGUCACACAAGGCCUCCUCUUCAAUGUGUGAACACACACAGCAUCUCUCUAAUUUUGGGGUGGGGCUGGGGACUAGCCUGUGGCCUCCAAUCAUCCCUGACCAUUUGCUGCAGCUAAUGGAUGUUGUAGUUCUUGCCUGCUUCCGAUUUCAUCCAUUUUCUGCAGGUGGGAAGGGAACUGGUCUCUGUUUGGAAAUAUUACAAGUUGAAUACAUAGUUCCCAUGAUUUGGGGGUGCACACACCCAGUUCCUUAUUUGUUAUCAGAGGCCAUUGUGCAUUUAUGAGCAUUGUGCAAACAUGACUGUUGUGACUGGAGACAUUUAUUGUGGAUCUUGGAGUCUUACCAGUCAUGGAAGCUUAUGAUUUUUGGUUGUUCAACCAUUAUUUUGAGGUCUUGGGGCAUAUUGGGUGAUGCCCAACUAAAUCUUACUGAAAAGAAGACCCACUGAAAUUACUUAAGCCUGUUGAUUUUACUGGAUCUACUCUGAUCAUAGCUAAUUCGCUUAUUCCCUUUAGUUCCUCUUCUGAAUGAGUUGUUUUUCGAACUUUGGUCCAGAUGAGGAACUGAAAACUGGGAACUGCUAGCUAACUUUAGCACUGCAUAUCACAUCAAGACAGAAGGUAGUUUGUUUCGAUCUCUGCAAACUUUCAGUUCCCUGAAAUCCAUGGAUAUAAAAAUGAAAGUCUGGAAUCUGAAGCUAUGGAUCUUCAAAAACUGAUUAUUAUUAAAGAAAAUGUCUUACUUAUUUUGUAAAUGAUACAUGGAUUCAUGUGGCUGGUUUUGUAGGCACACCAUUGCUUUGAAGUUGUUUACAAUACCCAGAUUUACUUAAUACCACGAUCUGUCAAGGCUGGAGACAGGCACUGAUUGGGGUCUCUCGCCCACCCCAAGAGCUGGCACCAGUUUGAAACCAGAACUGUGCCUUGUAUGUUUCUCCCCAUCUCUUGGCAGUAAACAGGUGCUGCAGAUUUUUUAAAAAUAUAGUUCCUUUUCUUUCUUGAUUGAUGCUGACAGUAAGAAUAACAGAUUAAGUCUAGAUAAUAAAAACUUCCUUUUGUUUA